CUAAAAAUGUAUUGAAUCAUCAAAUACGCUAAAUAAAUUAUUGUACCCGGUAAAAGUUUGCACUCUUUUAAAAUCAUUGGCACACCAUCGUUCAACACACUUGUUCAAUAUAGAAUUCAAAAUAUAAACAUGCGACAAUUUCAACUAUUUCAACUCGUUCUUCUUUGCAUCACAAUAAACACAGUGCAAUGUGCGAACAUUUUAGGAGUAUAUCCAUUUCCGAGCAAAUCUCACUGCAUUCUAGGACAUGCACUUCUAAAAGGAUUGGUACAACGUGGACACAAUGUGACGAUGUUAACAACAUAUCCUAUGGAAAAAUCCAGUGAGAAUUAUACAGAGUUGCUAAUGGAUGUAAAUCUGACCAAGAAAGCUUAUGAGCGGGUAAUUUCCAACCGUGCCUGGUACAAACCAAUUAUUGUAAAUACCUAUAGUGCAUUUACAAUGAUAUCGAAAGCGUUGUUUCAAGAUCCAGUUGUUCAGCAAUUAAUCAACUCCACGGACAGUUACGAUGUUGUUAUUUAUUCACAUUUAACUCAAUUUGCUUUGUUGGGAUUAUCACACACAUUCAAUGCAUCAUCGGUUUUAUUCAGUGUGAUAUCAGCUAAUCACAUGUUGGCGCACACCAUGAACCUACCACAACCAGCGUCUUACGUUCCUAAUCUAUUUUGCCCUUAUGGUGAGACAAUGACGUUCUUUCAAAGAAUGCAUAACUUGGUAAUCAAUAUAGUUGGUUAUUUACACCUGAGAUUUGUGAAUGAGCCAGUAGAAAGGAAACUUUUGGAAGAUAACUUUCCUGGAGCACCAUCAUUGGAUGAACUGGUAGGAAACAUUCAACUUGUCUUAAUAAACUCACAUAUUACGCUGGAUCCUAUAAGACCCAUCUUUCAAAAUACCAUCAGUAUAGGAGGUUAUUACAUGGAUGACAGGAAGCCUUUGAGUGAAGAUGUACAAACAUUUUUGGAUUCAUCAGAACGAGGUGUUAUUUAUUUCAGUUUUGGUUCAAAUGUUAAAUAUAAACAUUUGCCUAAGGAUAUGGUGAGAAAGUUUAUAGCUGCUUUUGAACAAAUGCCUUAUGAUGUUCUUUGGAAAAUUGAUGUAUUUCCUCCUAACAUACCAUCAAAUGUAAAAAUUGUUACUUGGGUGUCACAGUUAUCCGUUUUGGUACAUCCAAAUGUGAAAAUGUUUAUUGCUCAUGGUGGGAAAGGUGGCAUGAAUGAAGCUAUCUACUUUGGAGUACCAACUUUAUUCUUUCCAUUCUACGCGGAUCAACAAAUGAAUGCCAAAGAUGCCGUUGCGGCUGGAAUUGCUUUAGAACUUGAUUUGAAUGAUUUUACGGAAAAUGAUCUUAUUGCUUCUGCUAAUGAAUUGAUUAGGAACCCGUUCUAUAAGAAAAAUAUAAUGCAAAGAUCUGAUUUGAUCAGGAAUCAAGGUAUGCAUCCGUUGGAUAAAGCAGAAUAUUGGAUUAAUUAUGUAGCCAAGAAUCCCAAUUCAAAAUUUAUGCAAUCUCGGGCAACUAAAAUGCCGUGGUAUCAAGUUAUAAUGCUCGAUUUAUUUGCGGUCUUAUUUAUCUGUUUCAUUUUCAUAGGAAUUUGUUUAUAUUUUAUAUGUUGUAGUGUUAUUAGAUUUAUUAUGCAAGGAAAUAAGUUUAAGAGAGACUAAAAUAUAAUUCGUAUGUAAUCAUUAGUUUGUACUCAAUAUUUUACAUUGUUGUACAUGAUCAUUAAUAAAUUAUGUUCCAUUGAAAACUUAAAUAAAUUGUACUAUUAUGCAGACAA